GUAAUCAGUUUGCCGCGGGCCUUCUUGCCGUUCACCUCGUAUUAUUUUCAAAAAAAUAUAUUUAUUUAUUUUUCUAUUAAAUAAAUUCACAUAAAAUUAUUAUUAAUUAAAUAAAUGUAAAUAAUAAUUAACAAUAAUUUAACAAAAAUGGGAAUUUUGAAAAUAUUCAUAAAGUGUAAAGUUAAUCAUCAUCUAACUGUUAUUUAAAAUAGAAAAAAUGCCAACACAGUGGAGCAUUGUUUUGUGAUAAAAAAAAAAAAAAUAUAUUUAAAUUUGAAUUGUGAUAAUUUAGAGAAAGUAUAUUGAGUUGUGAAAAGCGAGUGGUUAAUUUAUUAAUUUAUAUUUUAAAAUAGUGUUUGUAGUUGAAAUAUUUUGGAUAUCGUGAUAUGUUGAGUUGUGUCAAUGUUUGAUAUAAUUAUUUAAAAGUAGUCCUAUCGUGGGAAUUUAAAAUUCAAAACGUGACUUGGAUGGUUGGGCACGAAGUUGUGAUCUGAAAACAUGGUGAACGAUGAGACAACGAGCGUGCUGACGAUUUAGCUACUGUAUUUAAUAAACGAGCAACAUAUUAUUUUUAAAAUAGUUUGUUGGCUUUGUGAUAUUUAAAUAAGUCAAAAUGAAAAGCUGAUUUUUUUUAGCUUCAAUUGUAUUUUAUAUUAACACGCUAUGGCACCACCAGACAGGAUACGAAGAUGUUCACCACCACGACCUGGUUCUGGUCUUAGUCAUUCUGUUCUGGAUUUAGCACAAAUACGUGCACUUGUUGAGUCAACAACAAUGCUGGGUGGUUCAAUAUGUCCAUCAUGUGAAAUGCCAUUUGACAAAGGCAAGAAACGUCGUUUGAUUGAUUCAUGUGGUCAUGAACGUUGUUAUUCAUGUUUAUUUAGAAGUGAAGCAUGUCCAAUUUGUCAGGAUAAUAUUAACGACAGAAAUCGUGAUGCUUCAAAUAUAAUACAAGAUGAUAUUGGACACUAUGACACUGGUUUUUGUUCAUCGGAGCCAGUAUCAAUGACUGCUAUUGAAGAUUGGAAUGAUGAUACAUCAGCAAUCAAUUCACUAUGUGGUAGCCCACGUCCAAAACCAAAGGUACCAUCAAGAAGUAUCAUGACACGUUUGACAAAUAAGGGACAAGAGAACGUGACGUCUUCAUCGAUAAUGGGUAAAGGACUCAAGACCAAGCCACCGUUUCUUCCCGACUCAAUAUCAUCACAAAAUCGUCAAAAAUCAACUCAAAUGGCACAGAGUUGUCCAACUCCACCAACUCAACGAAGAAGAUUUUUUUUAAGUACAAAAAAUUUGAGGAGUCCUUUUGCAUCACAAAGAUCAAGAAGAGUUAUAUCAACACCUGAACCUAAUGAUAAUCCUUCAGCUCUAUCAGAUGAUGAAGGUGGCAAUGUUAAACAGCUACCAAUAAAAAAUCGUAAAUCAUCACAAUCAGAUUUAUACAUGCGUUUGGGUUUAUUGCUUGGAUCAAAUAAUCUACGUACAAAUGCAAGUAUUGAUACUGUUGAUUUACCUGGUUCAAUAAGGCCAACAAAUACAAGUGGCAUAUGUCAACGUAUUCAACAACAAAAACAACAACAAAAACAACAGCGUAAUGGCAAUGAAACAUCAUCAUACAGUAGUUUAACUAGUUUUGAUCAACAAACAUUAGCAUCAACAAACACAAGUCCAGUAUCAACAUUAACUGGUACAUCAAGUGAAGCUGAAGUUGCUGCUGCACUUAGAAGUCCAAUUAAAAAUAAAGGAAAAAUUAAAUUAAAAGGUAAACGUGAUUGUGAUUCAGCUGGUAGUUUAGCAUCAAUAUCAACAUCAUUAUCAGCAUCAACAUCAAUGUCAAUGUCAAUGUCUGUAUCUGUAUCUGGUCUAUCAAAUGGUAGUUCAAGUCCAUUUACAACACGUAAAAAUACAACAACAAUUACAGCAAAUAAUAAUUCAAAUUCAAAUUCAAAUGGUCAAGAUAAUGAUGAAUUUAGUGUUAAAAAUCGUAAAUCAUGUGGAAGAAGAUCUGGUAGAAAUAAUAUUAAACCAAUUGAUAAUAAAUUACGUUUUAUAUCACAUCCAGUUGCUCAAUUAAUGUUAAAACCAUUAUUUUUUGAGGUACCAUUAAUUGAAAUUGAUCCAUUAUUUACUGGACGACAAUGGUUAUUAAAUGAAAUUGAACAAGUCAUAAAAGGUUCAAGUCCAGGUAUACUUAUUAGUGGUUCACCUGGUACUGGUAAAAGUGCAUUAAUAUUACAACUUGUUGAGUACAGUUGUUUUGGUAGAAAAAGAGAAAAAUUAUUACGUAAUGAUAUUGAAGAAGCUGAUGAAAAUGCUAUUAUACAAGAACAAAAACAACAAAAGUUAAAUUUCGAAUUAAAUAUUAAAAAAACAAAUGAUAAAUUACGUGAAUUAUCUGAUUAUAUUGUUGCAUAUCAUUUUUGUCAAGCUGAUAAUAAUAGUACAUGUCUUGUUCCUGAUUUAAUACAUUCAUUAGCUGCUCAACUUUGUCAAGCACCACAACUUGCAUCAUACAGAGAAUAUUUAUUAUCUGAGCCACAUUUACAAGGUUCAUUAUCACAAAGAGAAUGUACUGUUGAUCCAGAUCUUGCAUUAUCACGUGGUAUUAUUGAGCCAAUGUUAAGUUUACGAAAAUCAGGUAAACUUCCAGAAGUUAAUAUGGUUAUAUUAAUUGAUGCUGUAUGUGAAGCUGAAUAUCAUCGUCCAGAUAGAGGUGAUACAAUUGCAUCAUUUUUAACUCGUCAUGCACAGAGCUUUCCUAAUUGGUUAAAAAUUAUUUGUACAGUACGCACACAAUUACGUGAAUGUACAAAACAAUUUCCUUAUACAAAAAUAUCAUUAGAUAAAAUACCAAAUGACAUAACAAGUAAUAAUAUAACACGUGAUAUAUCUGAUUAUAUUAAUUAUCGUUUAACACAAAGUCCAGCAAUACAAACAAAUGUAACAGCAUCAAUUAAUGGAAAAGAAUCAUCAUCUGGUGCUAAUCAAACACGUUUUUCAUCACAUUUACUUAAUUUAGCUGGUGGAAGUUUUUUAUUUGCUAAGCUAACACUUGAUCUUAUUGAGAGUGGUCAUCUUGUUGCUAAAUCUGCUUCUUACAAGGUUUUUCCAGUCUCAUUGGCUCAAAUAUUUCAGCUACAUUUUAAUUUACGUUUUCCAACUGGUUCAUCAUUUGAUAAAGUACAGCCUUUACUUGGUGUUUGUCUUGCUGCUUUGUAUCCAUUAACAUUACCAGAAAUUUUUUAUUCUGUUAAUUCAUUGUAUACAGAUCAAUUUGUUUCAUGGGAGGAUUUUUUGCAAAGAUUUAAAAUGCUAUCUGGUUUUCUCGUGAAACGUCUUGAUGACACAUACAUGUUUUUUCAUCCAUCAUUCAGGGAAUGGUUGAUACGUCGUGAUGAAAGUGAAUCAACAAAAUUUCUUUGUGAUUUACGUACUGGUCAUGCUGCAAUUGCAUUUCGUUUGUCACGUCUUGAAUGUCCAUUGUCAGGUGAUAAAGUACUUGAACUAGGACAUCAUGUAUUGAAGGCACAUGUUUAUCGUGGUGUAACACCAGUAUGGCCAUCACGCGAUUUACAAGCAUGGUGGUUAACAUCAUCAACUGAUUGUAUGUCAUCAGCAAUAUCAACACUUAGAAAUAUAUAUAGUCCAAAUGUUAAAGUAUCAAGAUUACUCCUGCUGGCAGGAGCAUCACCAAAUCAUAUUACAGAAUAUCUUGGUAAUGCACCAGUAUUAUGUAUGUAUGCACAUGAAGGAUCUGUUGAAAUGGUAUCAUUAUUACUUGAAUUUGGUGCUGAUGUUGAAUUAACAAAUAGUCAAGGUUGUACAGCAUUAUCAUUAGCAGCAUCACGUGGUCAUUGUGAUGUUGUUAGACGUUUAGCUGCUGCUGGUGCUAGUUUAGGACAUACUGAUAUGGCUGGACAAUGUGCACUUGUACAUGCUGCACGUCAAGGUAGAUUAUCAGUUGUUGGUUAUUUAUUAGCAUGUGAUUGGACAUCAAAAUCAUCAACAACAUUACCAACAACAUUACCAACUACAUCAACUACAUCAACAACAAUACAAGAACAAAAUAAUAAUCAAGAAUCAAUAAAUAAAAGUGAAACAUCAAGAGAAGAAGCAGCACAACAAGCUGUUGUUGCAGCAGCAUCACAAGGACAUGAAGAAAUUGUUGAAUAUUUAUUAGACAUGUCAGAAGUUAUUGUUGAUAAAUCAGAUACACUUAUUGGUGAAACAGCAUUAACAAUUGCUGCAGCACAUGGUUCAACAGCAACAGUUACAGCAUUAUUAGCUCGUGGUGCAAGUCCAUUUGUACUUAAUUCAAAAGGUUUAUCACCAUUAAUGCUUGCAGCAAAAGAAGGACACUGGGGUACAGCUGAAAGAUUGCUAAAAUCAUCAUCAUUAUCUGAUGAUGAUAAUAAUAGUAUUAAUUUAUUAGAACAAUGUGAUACAAUGGGACGUACAUCAUUAAUGCUUGCAUCAUCAGAAGGACAUACAAAUUUAAUAAAUUUAUUUUUAGAAAAUAAUGCAUCUAUUGAGGCAAUUGAUAAUGAAGGUUUAACAGCAUUAUGUUGGGCAUGUGUUAGAGGUAGAAUAUCAUCUGUACAACAACUUUUAGAUAAUGGUGCUAAUAUUAGUACAAAUGAUAAAACUGGAAGAACACCACUUGAUCUUGCUGCAUUUCAAGGUAAUCCAAAAUUAGUACAAUUAUUAUUAGAAAGAGGUGCUGCUAUUGAACAUGUUGAUUUACAUGGUAUGAGACCACUUGAUAGAGCUAUUGGAUGUAGAAAUGUAUCAGUUGUACAAUGUUUUUUACGUAGAGGUGCUAAAUUAGGUCCAGCAACAUGGUCAAUGGCACAAGGUAAACCAGAUGUACUUAUUAUAUUAUUAAAUAAAUUACUUGAAGAUGGUAAUGUAUUGUAUAGAAAAGGAAGAUUAAAAGAAGCAUCACAUAGAUAUUCAUAUGCAUUAAGAAAAUUUCCAGGUAAACCAGAACAAUUACAAGAUUCACAAAGCCAAGAACAAAGUAAUAUUAUAAUACAUUUACAAACAUUUACACAAUUGAAAAUUAAUUUUUUACUUAAUUUAAGUAGAUGUAAAAGAAAAAUGAAUGAAUAUGAAGAAGCUGUUGAACUUGCUGAUGAAGCUAUUAAAAUACGUCCAGUGUCAUUUGAAGCAUUUUAUGCACGUUCAAAAGCUAGAGUUGAUAUGUCGGAAUAUGAUGAUGCACUUGUUGAUGUACAAGAAUCACUUAAUUUAGUACCAACAAGUAAUCAUCAAGAUAAACGUGUUCUUCAUGCUUUGAAAGAUGAAAUUAUAUCGAGAAUUGAGGGAACAGGAAUUGGAUCUAGUAAAACAUUUGUUGAUAAUAAUUGUAGAACAAGAUUCAGAGCAUCAAUUGAUACAUUAACUGAACUUUAAAACUUGAAAGAAUUUUUUUUUGUUAAUUUAACAAUUAUUAUAUGCUUGAUUUUUAGCCUCGUUCGACUUUCGAGUUUUAUUUUUUCAAUCAAUAAUUGAAUUUAAUUAUACAUUGUAAUGGCGCAAGCGUAAUACAUUGUUACUUUUUUUUAUUUGUUGAAAUUGUAUUAAUGAAUCAUUUUUUUUUUUAAUUAUUAUUAUUGUUAAUUUGUAUAUUUAAUAAAUUUACGAAAGCUUCGUAUAAUUAUUCCAAAGCUGACAUAGAAAAUUGUUUAAUAUUAUUAUUUGUUUUUUUUUUGUAUAAUUCAAAAUUAAAUACAAUUGUUUUUUGUAUUAUUAUAUCAAUGUAUUUAUAUAUUUUAACAUAUUUAUAAUAAUUUUAUAUGUUUAUUGAAUAAAAAAGUAAAAGUAAAUUAUAGAAAUUGUGUAAAUUUAUAUGUUAAAUUAAUUUUUAAAUUGCAGCUUUAUAUGGAUCCUAUAAUAUUUUCAGUAUUUUUCUUUUUUUUUUUUUUUUUUAGCUUUACACUUUUUUUAUAUAAGAAUUUAAUAAAUAUUUAUGAAUUUUUUAAAUUUUAAGACUUGACGAAAUUUGUCUAUGUAUACUAUGAAAAAAGAAAAUAAAUUUAUUAUGAAAAAAA